AUGCAGUUAAAUGGAGAACAAGAACCAAACAAUACUUUGAGGAGUAUUGAAUCUUCGGGAAAUAAAACGAAGAUGAGUAAACCUAGCGAGGAACAAUCUUUCUUAUAUAACGAUUCUGUGAGAGCUUCCGUGGUUCCAAGGGAUCGAUUUUCAUUUUGGAUAACUUACUUAUUCUAUGAAUACAUACACCAGCUCAAAGGUGAAGGUUCCGCCGUUCUCAUUAUGUUGUUGAUCGUUCUUACCUUCACCUUUGCCUGUUUAAGGAUGUUUACGAUUGUAGUUUUUGGUUGCCUUUCAAUAUUCAUUAUAUUGUUUGUUUCUUUAUUCCUAUUUGUAUUCAAUUCAGAACUGAAUAUGAAAAUAGAAAAAUUAAACUCCCAUAACCAAAUAAAGCUUUUGUUAGAUGUUAUUGAAUGCAAACCAAACGGAUCGUCAUCAAGUUGGGACAUCAUUGCAUGUCAUAUGAAUGAAUAUCUUUAUUCAGAAGGGGCUCAUAACACUCCAUAUUUCUUUUACGAUGGUUCUGAGACUUAUUGGUGGUUUAGAAAAUAUGUGUUCGAACCAUUAGAUAAACAGUGCAGAAACAAAAAUACCAGACAGAGGCGCCUAAUUGAUGAUGGCUCAGAACUCGGAAAAUAUAAAGUGGUAGCUUUCCGAGUGUUUAAGGAAACGAUUGAUAAAUAUUGGGCAGAGGAAUAUCCUGCAGCUUAUGCAGAAAUUGAAAAUUCCCUGGGUACUCCCACUGUUGGAACAGCUAGACAAAAUGUCAUUGAGACAAGUGGGAAUAUCGUGUGA